AUGACGGCUAUUGGAAUUGAUCUUGGGACAACAUAUUCAUGUGUCGCUGUUCUCAGAAAUGGGAAAAUUGAAAUUGUUCCGAACAACGAAGGUGACAGAUUAACACCAUCGUGUGUUUCAUUUUCUGAUACCGAGAUAUUGACCGGGAAGGCGGCAAAAGAUGAAAUACCAUUUAAUUUUGAAAAUACCUUGUUUCAAAUUAAGCGACUUAUCGGCAGAAAGUUUGAUGAUCCCAAUGUACAACAAGAUUCAGAAUUCUGGGGAUUCAAGAUAAUCAACGAAGAUAACAAACCUAAAAUACAGGUGAAAUACAAACACGAAAAGAAAACGUAUUACCCCGAGAAAAUCAGUGCCCUGAUAUUAGAGCAGCUCAAAGAAUCCGCUGAGGCUUACAUGGGUUGCAAGUUCACCGAUGCUGUUAUAACAGUGCCAGCUUAUUUUAAUGAUUCUCAACGUAAGGCUACAAAAGAAGCUGGAAGAAUAGCCGGUCUCAAUGUUCUACAAAUGAUAAAUGAACCAACGGCUGCUGCAAUUGCCUACGGACUAGAUAGAGAGAAAAAAGACGAGCGUCAUGUUUUGAUUUUCGAUCUCGGUGGCGGAACAUUCGACGUGACACUGAUUACAAUAAAAGAUCGAGUGUUUGAUGUCAAAGCAACAGGAGGAGAUACCCACUUGGGAGGGGAGGAUUUUGUCGACAGAAUGGUGACACACUUCGUUGAAGAAUUCAAUACACAAAAUAAAGUUGAUAUAUCAGAAAACAAGAGAGCGAUGAGCCGACUUAGAAUCCAAUGUGAAGCAGCAAAACAAAAGUUAUCCGUAUCUAUGAUAGCAAAAGUUCAAGUCUAUGGCUUUCACGACGGGAAAGAUUACAAAACAACUAUUAGUAGAGCUAAAUUUGAAGAAUUGAACUACGACUACUUUGAGCGAAUACUCCAAACAGUAGAUACUACACUAUCUGACGCAAAUUUCAACAAAGAAAGGGUUGACGAAGUCGUAUUAGUGGGUGGAUCAACUCGAAUCCCCAAACUGCGUAAAAUGAUCCAAGAGUAUUUCAACGGCAAAGAAUUGUAUAAAACCAUAAAUCCGGAUGAAGCUGUGGCACAUGGGGCUGCAGCACUUGCAGUUGAUCUCAGUACUGGUGCAUCUGCAAAAGUAUACCAAGGCGAAAGAACGUCUACCAGACACAACAAACACCUGGGCUCCUUCAGUUUAUCGGGAAUUUGUCCUGCCCCACGACGAGUACCCCGCAUAGAUGUAUGCUUUGAUAUUGAUUCCAGUGGAAUUUUGACUGUAACAGCAAAAGAUAAUAUUACUGGAAACAAAAACAAUUUACAACUUGAAUCCGCCCAAUUAAAACUUACUGUGGAAGAAAUAGAUCGCAUGGUACAGGAGGCUGAAAUAUAUAGAUUGGAGGAUAUUGAAUUCAGAAACCUCGCAGAAAUGAGAGAAAAGUUGGAAACUUUGGUUUUCAACACAGAGGAAUCUGCGAUAUCUCUGGAUUCACAAGGAGAACUGAACAAGGAAGAAAAAAAAAUAUUGUUGCAAAAUUGUAAAUCUGUUUUUGAUUGGCUCAGCAGAAACAAGAAUGCUUCAAAAGAAACUCUAUUCCACCAACAAAUUAAAUUUCAGAAUUGCUGCCACCCAAUAUUCAUACGAAUAUGUAGAGAAAAACAGACAAAACAUUUUGAACAGCAGAAGAAAGAAGAGGAACGAAAACCAUGCCAGAAAGCUCUGGAGGAUUUAAUACGUUCUAUCCAUAUUGCUGAGAGCAAAGCCAAGCUUCCGCAUUUCAAGAGAAUAACCGAGGAAAAAUUUCAUCUGCUUCAUUAUUGUCAAAGACUGAAAAAAUGGGCGGAAAGCAACCAGAACGCAAAGGAAAAGGAUAUUUAUGACAACUUGAAGAAAUUUCGAGAAUGGAGUGAAGGAAUGUUUGAGAAAAUGGAAGAAGCCGCAAAGACAGAAAAUCAAAAAGAACUUCAACUGAUUUCCGAAUCAAAACAAAAACUUGAGAAAUGUCUAGGCAAAAUAAUUCAAGCUGUAACUGAUCCGAAAUACGCAGACAACCUUAGCAAUGCGGAAGCAGAGGAAAUAAAUUCUUAUUGUGUCGAUGCAUAUGCAUUGCUCGACAAAUCGAAUCCGAGUCAAAAAGAGAUGGAUGAAAGAAGAAAAUUACUUGAACAAAACUGCUAUUCAAUUUUUGUUCAAAUAGAUAGCAAGGUACAAACAGAGAUAAAACUUGAAAAAGUUGAUUUAGUUGCACUUGAAAAUUUUAGAAAAAAAGUUUUUGAUGCUACAUAUAAAUUAUUCCGCACAAAUAAAAUAACUUCAAAUCAAGGAAACACUGUCAUUGCAGCAUGCAAUAAAAUAUCAGACCAGAUAAGGAGCGGAGAGAUAAAAACCAGUCAAGACUAUGAAAAGUAUUAUGGUAUCCUUUCCGAAGUUUAUCAACCUAUAAAGGAGUUGGAAAAACGACAAAAUAUGAACAGUGAGAGUAAAAGACAAAGACAUCCUUGCGAGAAUAAAAAGGUGACGUCAGAACGAACAAUCAACAGAAAAAAACGAGAAUAUGAUUCAUCGUCCCUAGACGUGACCGCAAAUAUUGUAAGAUAUGGAGCUAACUCGCAGGUGUCGUCUGACCGAACAAGCCACAGAGAAAAACGAGAAUAUGAUUCAUCGCGUCGAGAGGUGGCCGUAAAUAGAGAGUCGUCAGAACGAAAAAGCUACAUUCAAAAACAAGAAUAUUAUUUGUCGACCCUAGAUGUUACCGGAAAUAGCGUAAAAUAUGGAGCUAACACACAGUCGCGAAACAAACUACACGGGGAAGAAUAUCAUUCACAUGAUCAACGAAACGAAAGAUCAACGAAAGAUCAACGAAUGAAAACACAAAGGGAGUUUCGAACCAUUGACGAAACAAGUAGACCGAUUUCAAAAAGCCUUCAUUCUCCAAAUUAUAGAACCGGAAAACAGACAUCAAUUACAGAGGCCAAAGCUCAUCUUUUAUCCUUUGCGAACGAAAUUAAAACGGAAUUAAACGGUGAUGCGAGCAUAGGAAUUUUGCUUUCGCCUUCAGAUCGAAAUCGAUUGUAUGGAAAUUGCGCUGAAGUUAUAUCCUGGCUAAAUGAAACUAAGAAUGUAUCAUUAGAAGAAAUAGAAAGAAAGAGACAUCAGCUGCGAGCCAAAUAUCGAGCUAGUGGUUUGGGUAGUAGCAGACAGGUACUGUCUAGCUGGCUAUAACU